CUUUACAACAUAUAACUGUUUGUAAACCUACGUAGUUUACUUGUGUGGUUUUGGGUUUUAAAAAUUUCCCCAUUUAGAAGUCUUUCCUGAUAAAAAAGUAUUAAAACAGAUUGCUAUCUCAAUGAUCUUUAUCACAGCUGGUCUCAUUCGUCAAAUACUAUCAAGAAAAACAAAAAAAAAAACCAUGAAUACCCUGGCUUUUGUUGUUAUAUUUGCUGUGCUGGUUACUUUAGCUACUGCUAACAGUUAUACUCAACGAUCAUGGGAUUCACAGGGAUCCAAAGUUUUGGGAAGUAGAUGGAAUAGUAGACAGCUUAGUAUUGGAUGGAAUAGUGGUUGGAAUGGUGGUCGUCUGUCAGGGGGAUUAAAUGGCGGAUAUCGAAGACACAAAAGAGCAGCUACAUAUGAUUCGUACAGAAGCAGUCAUUUGGACAGUAGAUUAGGUCGUUUUGACAGAUGGGGACUUAAUUCAGGAAGGAGAUCUAAUCUAGGAUUGAGAUCUAAUUCAGGAUGGAGAUCUAGUUCAGGAUUGAGUCUUAGAGGAUAUUAGGAAAAUAGAAGACACAAUGAGUGUGUAACAACAUAACGUGACAUCAACCAUCCGUAGAUUUUUGUACUUUUUCAAAUAAAAUUUAUGUACUUAU